AUGAAUGUUCAAAAUGUGACAGAAACUUCCAUGGUGGUAGCAUGGAAUACAACAUACUACAAAGGUGUUGAAGUGUAUUUUACCAUAACAUUUAACGGUACAAUGAUCAGUAACGUCCCAGAUCCACCUAUAUAUGUCGGGGCCACUGCUGGACAACGUAAUAUAACAGUAAAUAUUACUGACACUGAUAUGCCUAACGGAUAUAUCAUCCAGUAUAUCUUCCAACUGACUUACAAAGUGUAUAGUGACGUGGCAGAUCGUCACGGCGUGAUCAGAGAGUCUCUACCAAAGAAAUACUCAGGCAUAUAUAUCCUGGAUUCAUGGAGACAUAUUUUUCCAGGUGCCGUGUAUACAAUAUCUGUUUUUACCGUAAAUGAUCGUUAUAAAAGUUCUACAAGUACCGAUAUUGCUGGAAUCGAAACGUUUCCGGACGUACCAGGAGAAAUUAAUCGGAAUGGAAAUGAAGUAUCUAAUCUGACCACAACUAGUGGUUCAAUUCGCUGGGGUAGACCUGUCAUGCCAAACGGGGUUAUGGUCGCAUAUAGAGCUAUACUGAAAGAGGGUCCCGAUGUUACGUGUCGGAUUUACCAGUUUUGUAUUGCCGUCUGUAAUAAUACACUACUGGGCCCUCACAAUGACUCCUGCCAUAUACAGAAUGACACGAGUCUCGAGGAAAACCAAAGGGAAAUGUCUUUAGAUAUAAAUAAUCUCAGACUUGGAACCACGUACACAAUCCAAGUGAUAGGAUAUACCACAGUUGGACCUGGAAAAAAAGUUGAAAUAUCGUUAAAAACCCUAAGUAUUGUACCGAAUGCAAUAGAAGAUGGCUCCAUUGCUGCUACUUAUUCUCCUGGUAACAGGGUGUUAAAUGUCACCUGGAGUCCACCUUCCUUCCCUGGAGAGGAUCUGGAAUAUACGUUAGUCCUUAGAGAUGCAAUCAGAUCUCAAAUACUCGUCACUCAGUCAAACCUGAAAGAUCCACAAUAUCGGAGAAAUUACCAACUUCACAACUUCUACAACUACACUGUAACAGUCACACCAAGCACUUCUGCGGGAGCAGCAAGCAUCAGCCGACCAUUUUCCUUCACAACACGUCCAAGUGGAAGACUUGGUAGACCGCAGAAUCUGAAGAUAAAGAUUUUGCGUUGUGACAGUGUUGAAAUUGCUUGGGAAGAAGCAAAUGUAGAGGAUAGAAAUGGCCCGAUUACAGGAUAUGAAUUUCAAACUACUUUGGGUACACAAAAAUGGACAGCCACUGUAUUAAUAUUAGUGCCUAAUCCAAACUUUUGGUCCAUUUCUAAUAGAGAAUUUUCGUGUCCGUUGAAGGUUCAGGAAAAAUCUCGAUUUACUGUAACGAUAUUUGCUGUGAGCGACAUAAUUAAUCAAAAAGGUGUAGAAUAUUCACAAGUAUUCAGCACAGAGGAUUGCGUACCAGGAGAAGUUAAUCGGAUUCAAAAUGAAGUAUAUAACCAGACCACGUCUAGCGGUUCAAUUCGUUGGGGUAGACCUGUCAUGCCAAACGGGGUAAUGGUUGCAUAUAGAGCAAAACUGAAAGAGGGUCCCGAUGUUACGUGUCGGAUUUACCAGUUUUGUAUUGUCAUCUGUAAUAUU